AUGGCCCAGAACUUUGUGAAACACAUUAUUGGGGAUGGACAAGGUACUUUCCUUUGGCUCAACAAUUGGCAUCCUAGCGGUCUCCUUUACAAACUAUUCUAUGCAAGACUUAUUUCUAUCCUUGGAAGAUCUAUUUCCGCUACUGUUAGUACUGUAAUUCAGAAUGGGGAAUGGCACUGGCCCAAAUUGCAAAAUUCUGUGAUUCAUCAAAUACAACACUCCAUUCCUAGCUCUGUUGUUCCUCAAUCUGAUAAAGCUGAUGAAGUUGUAUGGACUGUUUCCCCUGCAGGACAGUAUACUACCGAGCACACAUGGGAGGCUAUAAGAAAUAAAGGAGAAGAAACUCAAUGGGCUACUGUUGUUUGGUGUAUUUGGGAGCCUAUCCUACUCAGAUUUCAGAUCCAAAGAAGGGCAUAUACAUGGGAUUUAGAAUUGAAUGAUGCUUAUGGUUUUUGUAGAAGUAAGACAUUCAGCUCUUUGAUGUUUAAAUUGGCAUUAGCUGCUAGGUUAUAUUUCAUUUGGCUUGAGCGUAAUUCCAAAAUUUUUGAAGGCAGGCCCAGAAAUUCAAGUGUAGUCUUAGCGUGUAUUGAUGACAAUAUAAGACUCAGAGUUUGUAUUUGGAAUCAGUUCCCCAACUCUUUGGAAAACCAAAGACUCUGUGUUCAUUGA